AUGGCUCCCCUAGACGUUACAUCAUUUAAAGCCCUGUCUUUUGACAUUUAUGGCACACUCAUCAACCAAGAGCCUGGUAUGAUCCGAGACCUGCAGCCGAUCAUUUCUCGUCUUCCAAAUGAUAGCGAAUACAAGCAGGAUCCGAUCUUGUUGAUGCAGCGGUUGGCCAAGCUUUACCAGGGUCUGGAGGUUGAUGAGCCAACACUACGUUACAAUCUUGUCCUGCAACGUACCUUCAAGCAACUGGCCGAUGAGCUCAAAGUCAAUGUCUCCGAUAGCGAGAUGGAAGCAUUUGGCAACAGUCCAGGAACGUGGGAGCCAUUCCCCGAUACCAUAGCAGGAAUGCAAAUUCUCAAGAAGCACUACAAACUUGCCGCUCUGACAAACAUGGACAAUGCCAACGCCUCAGAGACCAUGAAACGUCUUCAACCCGCUUCCUUCGACAAAUUUUACACAGCCGAAGAUAUCGGCACUUACAAGCCCGCCCAUGCGAACUUUAACUAUCUUUUCAACCACGUCAAACACGAUCUGCAGGUCGACAGGGACAAGGGAGAGCUUCUACAUGUAGCGCGAAGUUUGAUCGCUGACCAUGUUCCUGCUAAGAAACUUGGUCUUAGAAGUGUUUGGAUCUGCAGAGGAGGUGAUAAGAAGGAGGGAUAUGGAACAGGUGGUGACUUUGAAGAAUUGAAACAUCAUGUUGCAUUCGAGUGGAAGUUUGAAUCAAUCGGUGAGUUUGCCGAGGAGGUGGAACGGCAAUUCCGUGAGAAGGAGAGUGCUUGA